AGACGACACCCUGCAGCUCUCUGAACUCCAAGAUCUCCAGAAAGUCGACCACCACUCCAACAUCAGGCACCACGUAGUGGGUCAAAUCUCCAGGCAGCACCUUUCCAUCUGAUAGAUGAAGUCACGCUCGGUGGACCACAGUGGGACCUGAUUCCAGAAAAAUAUGUGUUGAACAUGCUGGUGUUGAUGAUGUGUUGAGCUCACACUGAGAGAAAAUCAACAGAACAGCCCUGCAGAUCUGCUGAAUAUGUACGAAGGCGGCGGUGAGGCGGGGUUCCUCCUCUCGCUGCCUGCGCUGCUCUUCGGCUGCGCGGUGGAGAGGCUGCAGCAGAGCAGCAGAGACUCACUGAGCUCAAGUUGGCAACUACACCGACUCGGAUGCUGAGGACUUUACUCAUGUUUCCACAUCGACAUUUUUUUUAAAAAAGCAUUUAUUUUCUUCAGGCAGCUCGUCUGACAGCAGAUUUAUUUACAUUUAGCGCAAUAGAAUGAACUUUAUUUAGGACGCAACGCUCCUGCAGGCGUCCUGAGGUCCAGUCCCACCGUCGUCAUCCACUGGGGGUCUUUUCCUUGUGAUAAAGCUCAAUUUCACGGCAGAUUAUCAUCCAUCACACUCAUUCUAGCUCAAGGACGGAGGGACGAGGACGAUGGGGGCCGGUGGGGUUUCCCCCCAAGCCCUGCUGUGGCUCAGCCUGCUCGGUUUGAUGGCACUGGCGUCGACACUCAACCCGGACGACCCAAACGUGUGCAGCCACUGGGAGAGCUACGCGGUGACGGUGCAGGAGUCGUACGCUCACCCGUUCGACCAGGUCUACUACACCCGCUGCACCGACAUCCUCAACUGGUUCAAAUGCACCAGACACAGGAUCAGCUACAAGACGGCGUACCGGAGAGGCGUGAGGACGAUGUACAGACGGCGCUCUCAGUGCUGCCCCGGCUUCUACGAGAGUGGAAACCUGUGUGUUCCGUUGUGUACUGAAGAGUGUGCCCACGGACGGUGCGUCUCUCCUGAUACCUGCCAGUGUGAGCCGGGCUGGGGAGGACUGGACUGCUCCAGCGGCUGUGAGAGUGACUUCUGGGGGCCCCACUGCACCAACAAGUGUCAGUGCCGGAACGGGGCCAAAUGUAACCCGAUCACCGGAGCCUGCGUCUGCACCGACGGUUACCAGGGCUGGCGCUGCGAGGAGCCCUGCGACGCCGGCUUCUACGGCAAGGACUGCAUGCUGGAGUGUCAGUGCCUCAACGGCGCCACCUGCCACCAUCAGACCGGCGAGUGUCUGUGUGCGCCCGGAUACACCGGAGCCUUCUGUGAGGAGCCUUGUCCUCCUGGUAAACAUGGCUCCCUGUGCGAGCAGCGCUGUCCCUGUCAGAACGGAGGAGUGUGUCAUCACGUCACCGGGGAGUGCUCCUGUCCCGCCGGCUGGGUGGGUCCGGUCUGUGCGCAGCCGUGUUCGUUCGGUUCGUUCGGCAUCAACUGCUCUCAGGAGUGCACGUGUCGGAACGGAGGCCUGUGCGACCACAUCAGCGGUCAGUGCCAGUGCACCGCCGGAUACAUCGGAGAGAGAUGCCAGGAUGAAUGCCCGGUCGGCACCUACGGGCCGCAGUGCGCCCACAAGUGUGACUGUCAGAACGGGGCCAAGUGCUACCACAUCAACGGGGCCUGUCUGUGCAACGAGGGCUUUAAGGGCCCCAGCUGCCAGGACCGCUUCUGUCCCGCCGGCCUGUACGGACUCAUCUGUGACAAAUACUGCCCCUGCAAAACUGCAAACACACUCAGCUGUCACCCUCUGUCAGGAGAGUGCACCUGUGCAGCGGGAUGGGCGGGGCUUUACUGUAACGAGACGUGUCCGGCAGGUUACUACGGCGAGGGCUGCAGGGAGCUGUGCAGCUGCGCCAACGGAGCCGACUGCGACGGCGUCACUGGAGCUUGUGUGUGCGCGCCGGGAUUCAUAGGGGACGACUGCUCCAUCAGCUGUCCGGCGGGUCUCUACGGGACCAACUGCACCUCCUCCUGCUCCUGCCGCAACGAGAUCUCCUGCUCGCACAUCGACGGCUCCUGCAUCUGCAAAGAAGGCUGGCAGAGUGUGGACUGCUCCAUCCCGUGCUCCAGCGGUACCUGGGGACUGAGCUGCAACCAGACGUGUCAGUGUGCCAACGGGGCGGCCUGCGACCCGGUCAACGGGACCUGCACCUGCUCCCCGGGCUGGAGGGAGGAAUACUGCGACGUGCCGUGUCCUGAGGGCUCGUACGGGCCGGACUGCAGAGAGAGAUGUGACUGUCUCAACUCUGACGGCUGUGAUCCAGUGGCCGGAAUCUGCCGCUGCCUCGCGGGUUGGACAGGUGUGCAUUGCGACAGUGUGUGUGAGGAGGGACGCUGGGGACCGAACUGCUCCUACAGCUGCACCUGUGAGAACGGAGGCUCCUGCUCCCCGGAGGACGGCACCUGUGUGUGCACGCCUGGAUACCGAGGCACCAACUGCAGACGGACUUGUUCUCCUGGUUUCUACGGUCAGCGCUGCAGCCAGUCGUGUCCUCAGUGCGUCCACAGCGACGGCGCGUGUCACCACGUCACCGGACACUGCGAGUGUCUCUCCGGCUUCUUCGGCUCGCUCUGUAAUCAAGUGUGUCCCAGUGGGAAGUUUGGUAAAGCCUGUUCUGAGCCGUGUGUUUGCACCAACAACGGCACCUGUAACCCGAUCGACGGCUCGUGUCAGUGCUACCCGGGAUGGAUCAGCGAGGACUGCUCCAAACCGUGUCCUCCGGGCUCGUGGGGUCCAGACUGCAUCCACACAUGUAACUGUCACAACGGAGCCCAGUGCAGCGCAGCAGACGGGGAGUGUGACUGCAGCCCAGGAUGGACGGGACUCUACUGUACACAACGAUGUCCUUCAGGCUUCUACGGCUCUCAGUGUGCUGAGGUGUGUCGCUGUCAGAACGGGGCCGACUGCGACCACAUCAGCGGUCAGUGUUCCUGCAGGACGGGCUUCAUCGGACAGAGCUGUGAGCUCAAGUGUCCGGCGGGGACGUUUGGUUACGGCUGCCAGCAGCUGUGUGAGUGUAUGAACAACGCCACCUGCGACUACGUGACGGGAACCUGCUACUGCAGCAUCGGCUUCAAAGGCAUCCGCUGCGACCAGGCGGCUCUGAUGAUGGAAGAACUGAACCCGUACACAAAGAUCAGUCCCGCUCUGGCGUCGGAGCGCCAGUCGGCCGGCGCCGUGCUGGGCAUCAUCUUCCUGCUGCUGCUCAUCAUGGCCAUGCUCAGUCUGGUGAUCUGGUUCCGCUAUCGGCAGAGAGAGAAAGGUCACCACGUGCCGAGCGUCACCUACACGCCCGCCCUGCACAUCAACUCCACCGACUACUCCCUCUCAGGGCUGCAGUGCACUGGCCUGCUCUCCUCUGCAGACUCCUCUCCCAGCAACAGCACCGUGGGACACUGCUUCUCCAACCCCAGCUACCGCACCCUCGGGCCCUGCACCUACGCCGCUCACUACGCCAAGCCGGACAAGAGGAGCUCCGCCAAGAGUCCACUGAGAGCAGAUCAGAAAAACAGGGAGGCCUCGAAUGGAGUUAGAGAGAAAAGCCAGCCUGACUCAGACGAAGGCCUGGUACACUCUGCAGAGGAGAUGAAGACAAAGAAGCGGCACAGGAACAGUGCUCCAGAGUGGGGAGCGUACUGUAACCUCGGUGACCUGGGUGUCUACUGCAUCGACCGGCGUUACAGUUACCACGUGGAGCCGCGCUACAGAGACUACAUGAAGGGCUCCUUGUCCAGCACCUGCUCCCUCAACAGUGAGAACCCAUACGCCACCAUCAACGACCCGCCUGCGCUGUGUAAACACUCAGAGAGCAGCUAUGUGGAGAUGAAAUCACCGGCUCACCACGAACACAUGACACACUGCUGCUCCGCCGCCAUCAUCACCACCACCACUACCACCACCGCACCGGCCAAGAACGUCUACGACAUGGAACCGACCAUCAGUAUCGUCCAGGGAGCCAGUGGUAUGGUGGUUCCCAGUUACUCCCAGAACCCGUACGACCUUCCCAGGAACAGCCACAUCCCGAGCCACUACGACCUGCUGCCUGUCCGCCCGAGCCCCUCUCACAGCCACAGCCUCACCCUGCACAGCCACAGCCCCCCACUGCCCGGCAGCCCCACCAGCUCACUGCUCUAGACCGGCCAGCACCAAGACUGGGCGCUGGACGAGUGCUCCCAUUUCAUCCAGAACCAGGAAACUGAACUUUUUUUUUUUUCUUUUAAAUCACUGAGUGCAGAUGAACAUUCACAGGACACAAGGAGAUGUUCUGUUUGAACCAUUAUUUAUUUAUUUGUGUGUAUGUGUGUGUGAAAGAGGUGAGAGUCUUGUUCAUGCAGCGAUCAGAUCGCUGCGCUGCUGUUUGAUAUUUUAUCACUGUAUUAUAUCCAAACUGUUUUGAGCUGUUUCUGUGCCAGUCAAUACUACAUAUUUGUGUUGUAUUGUAAAUUCCCGAUCAUCAACAAAAAUUUCAUUAGAGGGAAUAUACACGUUCAUAUGCACACAAGUAUACCUUUUUUUCUGGUAUGCAGAUCUCUUUGUCUUUUUUGAUACGUCCCAGGUCAGAAGAUGGAAAGUCGAGGACGAUAGGAGAAGAAAAGCAAAGUGACUGAGCUACUCAUGUAAAUUUUUUCUGAGUGAGACUGUUUCUUAAAACUGAAAACUGAAUGUGUGCCAAGGACAAGACUGAGGCCCACUUCACACCUGGAUUGACUGGUUCUACAGAACUUGUACAAAGAAGAAGCAGCAUCAUGUCGGCAUUAUUGCCUGCAGUGUAACAAACUUGUCUGCAGAAACGGUGCUCAAUACUCCGAUAAACUCCCAACAAAAGGAAACAUAUGUAAGAAAUGCACACAAACCGCAGUCUGGUCAGAUUUUCAGUACCUGUAUAGUUCUGGUAUUUUUACACAUUGUUUCUUAUUUCCUGUUUACAUAUUUAAAGAUCCUGCCGGGGAUCCAUAUUUUCUCUCUGAAAAGUUAUCUUUUUGUAUGUACUGUAGGCAAAGUGGUGUAUCAGCUGUACACUUACUGUACACUAGUGAUUAUUACUGUAAUUUUCUUUAGUUGUGUCAAGCUUAAUACACAUGCAUGCCAAAGAUUAUUCAAGAUAUUAUAGUUAGCCAGGAAUCCCCUUAUUAUGUCCUUUGGUGCAAACCAUUAAUUGUCAUCUGGCUGUCUCAACAUGGAAACAACUUCAGUCUGAAACAUGAUUAACAGUUAUUUUCAUCAUCUUCUGAUUAUUCUUUCAAUUUAUCGAUUAAUCAUGUUGCCGAUAAAAUGUCAUAAAACAGUGAAACAUGUCUGUUCACCCUGCGGCUACACGGCAGCUUCACUCCUCAGGCUGUGAAACUCCACCAGCCUACACAGCAGCUUCACUCCUCAGGCUGUGAAACUCCACCAGCCUACACAGCAGCUUCACUCCUCAGGCUGUGAAACUCCACCAGACUACACAGCAGCUUCACUCCUCAGGCUGUGCGACUCCACCAGACUACACAGCAGCUUCACUCCUCAGGCUGUGAAACUCCACCAGACUACACAGCAGCUUCACUCCUCAGGCUGUGCGACUCCUGAGCUCAUCCACAUGAAUAUACAAACUUUAUUUUUAUGACUUUAUUAGUCCAUGUAGGUAUUUUCUGUUUUUGUGAGUAGCGUGUAGGGAAGACACAACUUAAUUUCAUUGAAAACAAAAGGAAACAAAUAAAUAUUGAACCCUAAAUUUAGUCUAUAACCCAAAGGAAGUUUAUUAUAGUUAGCCAGGAAUUCCCUUAUUAUGUUCUGUGGUGCAAACCGUUAAUUGUCAGCUGGCUGUCUCAACAUGGAAACAACUUCAAUCUGAAACAUUAACAGUUAUUUUCAUCAUCUUCUAAUUAUUCAUUCAAUUUAUCAUGUUGCCCAUAAAUUGCCAUAAACAGUGAAACAUCUCUGUUCACCCUGAGGCCGUCUGACAAACGAUACAGAAGUAACUGCUGCCGUACCACCAGGCUAUACAGCAGCUUCACUCCUCAGGCUGUGAGCUCAUCCACAUUAAUAUACAAACUUUAUUUUUAUUACUUUAUUAGUCCAUCUAGGUCUUUUUCUGUUUUUGUGAGUAGCAUGUAGGGAAAACAAACUUCAUUUAAUUUAAUACAAAAUGAAAUCAUUAAAUGAAUAUUGAACCCUAAAUAAAAAUCACCAUAGACAAAGUGGAAGAACGUAAUUUAGUCUAAAACCCAAAGGAAGUCAGUUAUUGUCACACGAAGGAUUAAUUGAUUAUCAGCAGGGCUGGGAAUCAAACUUCAAUACCGAUCAAGUUGCCUGGAUACUCUACUAUACAAUACCAAAUUUCAGCAUCUAUGGAGUUAAACAUAGAUAUAGAUCUAUGUCUCACUGUUUCAGCUCUUCUUGUUACAACAAAGUCAAAAGUGGAAGCACCUCUGAUGAAAAGCCUGAUAAUGGUGAAAAAGUUCUGUGUUUAAACUUUUAAAUUCACUUCACUUUAACUCUGUCUAAACAGGAUUUUGUGUAUUUUUGCUCCCAAACACAAUGAAAACGUGUUUCUAAUCUUAUUGUAGCCCCUAUUAUGUCAUAUUAAAUAGAGCUGACAUGUUUGAUAUCCAGCUUGAUUCAGUGACGCACAGAUCAGUUUUGUUGAAGAUGUUGAUGAUUUCACUUGUCAAACAGCAAUAACAGGACAUGUUGACAAUCAGAUGUAAGCAGCUUUGUUCUCCCAUGUUUAGUUUCCUGCUUUUCCGUCUGCUCUGACUUUCUCUUGCUUGUCUUUCCUUCAGCUUUGAUCCAAAUGGUAGUUUCAGCUACAGUAGAUGUAACAAGUGCUGCUUGUUAGUUAUUUUUGUUUCAAGCCCUAAACUAAAUAAAGUUGUCAUAGCUCA